AUGUUUUUCGUGAGAGACUUUACACAAAACAUUCACUUGAGUCCAAGCUAUCUAGGCCCAAAUAUACAGACUCUUAUAGAAGAAUACUUGCUGAGCAAAGUCGAAGGGUCAUGCAGCUCCAGUGGAUAUGUAAUUAUGGUUCUUAGUAUAGAUGAAAUAAGUGAAAGCAGAAUCAUUUUGACGGGAGAGACCAUAUUUACUGUUAAGUACAAAGCGCUUACGCUAAAGCCACUGAAAGGGGAAAUAGUGGAUGCGAAUGUUGUUGAAACAAACAAAAUGGGGGUGUUUGCGUCUGUUGGGCCUCUUACGGUGUUUAUAUCUAACCAUCAAAUACCUAACUUUCUAUUGGAAAAUGAGAUAACAAAGGAUGUGAUGAUUAGAUUAAAGAUCAUUGGAACUAAGAUAGACUCUACCAAGAUAUAUGCAGUUGGGACUUUAAAUGAUGAUUCUCUGGGCAUAAUCUGCUGA